GCUCUGGUUGUAUCGUUCCUGCAUUGGUGACUGCAAGGCGGCUUCCCUGCGCAUCCAUCAAAAUACGUAGGUUUCCCUUCAUACCUCGACCUCCUUGCCCACCUCCUCGACGGUCUCGUCUCCCUCCAACUCUCUCUUCUCUGUCGACUUAUCGCUUCACUCUUUCAGCGGUAUCUCGCCUUACGCUCUUUCCGAACUUGUGUCUCUCGUUACCAAUACUUGUCCAUCCGCUUGCGAAACGACGGUGCUCUACAGCAAUUACACUCCUUAAUCACUACUACACGCCCCAGAGUUAUCUGCACGCCCUCGAUACGCCCUAACGACACACAAUAUCACCAAUAUCAUAAUGAUGAACAUCAGCCUUAGCAAGCGCAAUGAGGAUGGCAGCCUCAGCACUACCCACCUCGCACUCCUCGUUACCCUUAUGAUGCUGGUUCUCGUUGGCAUGCUAUGCGUAGGAGGCCUCAUGUUCCUUCGCAGUAUCCGCAGAGCCAGGAAACAAGCCGAGACAGACCCAGAACUCCCAGUCUACGAGAAGCGCCAAUCAAACAUCAACCGCCUGACCAUCACUGCGAUGCCCUACAAGGGCCGCGAGUCCGUCAUCACCUACUCGGAAAAGCAGAACCUCAUGGACAGCCCUACCAGCCCGGUACCCGAGAUCCGCAUCACUUUCCCUGACGAGAUUGACGAGUCUGGCAAGCAACAAUCGGGUCGUGUUGUGGUUGUCCGCGUCGGAGACCACAGCGUUGGACUCGAGCCUGUGCAAGAGGACCUCCCGCCAUACCAACAAGACGCAUCGGACCGCUUCGACUCGCUCGACCUGGAUCGCAUGGGCGGACUGAAGGAGAAGGACGACAAAUACUACUCAUAAACCUCACGACACCACACGUCAAAACCCGGCUAGACCGCCGAUACUUCCGGUCGAGCACCCCUCGGGCACCCCCCAGCCAUUUGGCUACGACCGACUUUACACCUUGAUGACGGCUAUACCGCGCUGACUGUCAGCUUCUCCGUUCCCUG